CUUAGUGUGUGAGUUGGUCCCGGGAAAGGGGGCUGUGGGUGCCUUUUUCCCGCUCUGCGCCGAACUUAGGAUGGCUGUUGCGGCGCCGCUGUGUCUGGCGGCGGUCCUCCUGGCCCUGUCUCAGGAAGCCCUGACGCGCGCCAUCCCAGAGGAGGAGCUUCCGGACACCGCCCUGGCUUCCGAUGACUCUCCCGCUGAGCCUCGUGUCCCAAGAGAAUUCUUCGAUCCCAGCACACAAGAAACGGACCUGAUCGAAGACGCAUUUAUGCCCGGUGCCAAGCGAGCGGAGCCUAAGGAGACUGGAGAAGACCAAGACUACGCAUUAAAAGGGCCUGGCGGGCUGGGUCUUGGGCAGAAGGAGUCGAAAGAAAGUCGCAAACUCGCCCUGACAAAUGAUUUAUCAGAGUCAGAGAAAUCUGCCCUUGAAUGACGAGAUGGAAAAGGAAGUCAGUGGUGAGCUGAAGAAAGCUCGAGCUCUGAUGAAAUUGGGUCAAAACCUGGGAGAGCCUCUGGAUGCAGAAGAAUCGCUGAAUGAUCUGCCUGAAAGCGGCAAGGAACCAUUACAUGACAUUCUCAAGCGAGCGGCAGAGGAGAGUAUGUCAGACGUAGAAGACUCAGUAAAUUAUAUCAUAGAUAGUCUAACUUCGUCAACAAAAAAGGAACUUGAAGAUAAAUCUGCAAAGAGUGAAGUUUAUGAGUCUCUAGAGGAGCUGCUUACAAAAGAUAAGCUCAACAAAAUAAAUGACUUAAAAAAAGCUUUAGAUUUACUCUCAAAAAAUACAACCGCCAAAAAAAAUGAUAGAGACAAAGCUUUAGACGAACUGCUUGCUAAAGAUGAACUCGCCGAAAUCAGUAAGAGAUCGGGAGCUUUAGAAGUAUUGCUCCCAAAAGAUACGAUCAAGGAAGUAAGGGAUGUAAAAAGAAAUCCUAAUGAAUUGCUUGCAAAACACGAAAUCAACAAAAUCAGCGAUGUAGAGGGAGUUUUAAAAGAACUGAUCCCAAGAGAUAAUAUCAUGAAACGAAGUGAUGUGCAAGUUUUAGGGAAACUGCUUGCAGAAGAUGAAAUAGUAAAGAUAAAAAGAGCAGAUGAGCCUAUAGAAACGGAGGGAGUUUUAGAAUCACUUCCUAAACAAAUCAGCAAAAGAAGUGAAGUGAAGGAAGUCCAUCAGGAACUACUCCCAGGAGGUAAGCUCACCAAUGUAGGUGAGACAGACGAGUUUUUAGAACUAAUUGCAGAAGGUAAGCUUAUCAAAGACUCUCUUAAACUGCCAAAAAGCAUGGAUUCGUUACCCGACGAAGAAGAGGUAGUGAAAGAACUAACAGAACUUUUGCAGUCAUCAAAGGACAGACAUAAGAAGGAGCUCCUGCCAGACCCAGAGUUGCCGGAAUUGAGGAGGUCGAGAAGAAACGACAAAACUUCGUCUGAGGAAUCGAUAGUGAAGGAGUUGAUAGAUGAUAUUCAACUGCAAACAAAGAAAGCGCGAAAACUUCCAAGAAUCAGAGCAAGAGCGAUUACUGCUUUACCAUCAAGAGACCUUCACGCGCUUGGAGAAGAUGCGUCGGAACCGGAAGGGCCUGGUGACCACCGCCAGACCAGAUCAAACGCAGGAGAGCAUGGGCUUCAGGAACUGAGUCCCGGCGCCCUCGAGGACGAUUCUUCUCUCCUCGAACCUUUGGUACAGGGCAGCGGAGAGGGAACUCGCCGGAGAAGGAGUGUGUCUGAAACUAAUGAUUUGGAAUUGAGACACUCUGCCGAUCGGUUUUCCAGAUAUGAGAGAGAAACUGCAAAUGAGCAGGCUGGCGAAGGUCCGAAAAAGCCUACCAGCAGAAACUUAUGACCCCUACCCUUUGGACGAGAGCCUAGAUUUGAGGCAAGGCCGCAAUGUGGAGCUUGUGGACAGGGAGCAGUCACCAGACGUGGAUCCCCAAGAGCAACCAGAAACUAUCAACACCGAGUCGUUGAAAACAAC